AAAUGGAUCAAUCAACAAGUCAAUCGACGGAUCGGAAACAACGCUAUAAAUUAAUUAUCGAUGAGCUACAACAUAUAAACAAAUGCAUUGGUACCCGCGAAGAAAGUGAAACAUGCUCAGCCCUGCGCAGCAUCAUAGAACGUAACGAUAACAUUCACAAGGAGGGUAGCAUUGGUGAUAAAUUGGAGAAUACCAGUGAGGUGGUGCUAGAUGCACAAAUCCUCAAGAGUACACAUGAAUCCAUAUCGAAGCUAUUGCAGGCCAGCUCCGAAUUCAAUGAUGGAAUGUAUCAGAAUGCCAUUAGUGCCUUAGUAUCGAAUAAUGACUCGGAAAAUUGGCAAGACAUUACCCGCUUGGCCUUGGCAUGUUCCAAAUCUGUGGCCACAAAAUCCUCUAUGCUCGGUGCUGCUGAUAUCGAACCCAAAGAACGUGUUAUCAGAGAACGACAACAGCGACGACGCACAGUUCUCACACAAGAAAAGAAACCCGAAACUAUAAAACAGCUGAAGCGCGACGAUCGUGGUGCCGAAAAAGUCAAUAUUUUACUAAAGCAACUUGAUGACAUCUUCCGUGCAAAUCAACGUCAACCGGUACCGUUUUAUAAACUAAUCAUUGAUCCACAUGAUUUUAUGAACACCGUUGAGAAUGCCUUUCAAUUGGCAUUUUUGGCUCGUGAUGGUAAUAUUGCCAUAGAAUGUGGCGCGGAUGGUUUGCCGUAUGUCCGUUUAGCUUCCAAAGAUGAAAUUGAUGCCCAUCCGGAUACAUCACAAUCGAUAUGUUCGUUAAAUAUGGAUUUGGUUAAGAGAAUGAUGGACAUCUAUGACAUAAAGGAACCCAUGCUGAAUAUACCAACCGAUCUAGAUGAUCAAACCAAUGAUAAUGAUUAUAUGCGAGAUGAUGACAGUGAUUAA